AUGGCGGUUUUAACCGUUGGCGGUCUUUUUCGGUUUUCGGUUUCGGUUCCAACGGUGUUCGGCGUUGGUGGAGGGGUUGAUCAAUUCCAUGAUCCAGGCGUCCCUGGCACACUUGGUGUAUCCCAUGCCCCCGGCACCCUCGGCGCCCCCGGCAUUCCCGACCCCCCCGGUAUUCCCGGCACUCCAGGAGUUUCUGGCACUCCUGGCAUCCCUGGUCCCCCCGACCCCCCGGGUAUCCCCGGCACUCCAGGUGUUUCUGGCACUCCUGGCAUCCCUGGUCCCCCCGACCCCCCCGGUACCCCUGGCACUCCAGGUGUUUCUGGCACUCCUGGCAUCCCUGGUCCCCCCGACCCCCCCGGUAUCCCUGGCACUCCAGGUGUUUCUGGCAUUCCUGGCAUUCCCGGCAUUCCUGGCGCCGGCCCUGGUAUUCCUGGCACUCCUGGGGUUUCAGGUGUCCACGACAUUCCAAAGAUAUUAUGA